ACCCUGGGGAAGAUUUCACCCAGCAUGGAGCUUUCCACCCGUUGACCCAGCAUAACCCUUGCCAUCUUCCCACAGCCCUUAGCACCUAGCUCAGCACCACUAUCACCAAAUGAAGGUUUAAGACUGAAAAAAAUUACCUGUUUUCCUCAAGACUAUCCUUAAAUAAAUAAAUCCAUUUCCUCCCACCAGUCCUAUACAAGCAGCAUGUACUAUGAGCAUGGUAACACGGAUUGGUUUUCUAUUUAGUGUGACAAACAUCUUUCAUUCCAAUAUAGUAUUUCUUCAGGGUGUCACUGAUACCAUCGUCACCAGCACUUUCCACUGUCUAAGAGCUGAUUGCUUUGCCUGCUUGUUGACUGUUCACUGUCUCUCCAGUACCAAAGGGUAUAUAUAAAGCUCAGUUCCUGUUUGUUUGCUCACUUCUGUGUCUCACCAUCUCGUUCACCAGAUAGCUGCUUACAACACAUGGUUGUUGUGAAUAAAGCUAUGGACAUGGGUAAACAAACGGGUCGAGGAAGAGACCUGCUCAGUCGUCCUCAUCAACUUAGACCAUGAAACCUGAUGUGGACAAUUCAACAGAACUACCAUAUAUGGGCUGCCCCUUCAUGCUUCCUUGCCAGGAGUCUUACAAUCACCAAGAAGAGUGACAGUACCUGAAACUCCAGUCUACUAUAUCAAAUCAGAGAACCCAUCUCUUCCAACAUGGCAGGGAAGAAAGUGCUCAUCAUCUAUGCACACCAAGAACCCAUGUCCCUCAAUGGGUCCCUGAAGAAUGUGGCUGUUGAAGAACUGAGCAAGCAAGGAUGCAUAGUUACUGUGUCUGACUUAUAUGCCAUGAACUUUGAGCCAAGGGCCACAAGAAAUGAUAUCACUGGUGCCCUCUCUAAUCCUGAAGUCUUCAGAUAUGGGAUAGAAAUCUAUGAAGCCUACAAGAAGACAGCUCUGCCCAGUGACAUACUGGAGGAGCAGAGAAAGGUGAAAGAAGCUGAUCUAGUGAUAUUUCAGUUCCCACUAUACUGGUUCAGCGUUCCAGCAAUCCUAAAAGGCUGGAUGGACAGGGUGCUGUGCCAAGGGUUUGCCUUCGACAUUCCAGGCUUUUAUGACUCCGGUUUUCUCAAGGGUAAAUUAGCCCUCCUUUCCUUGACCACUGGAGGUACAGCUGAGAUGUACACAAAAGCAGGUGUCAGUGGAGAUUUCCGCUACUUCCUAUGGCCACUCCAGCAUGGUAUACUGCACUUUUGUGGAUUUAAAGUCCUUGCCCCACAGAUCAGUUUUGGUAUUGACAUUUCAUCAGAAGAAGAAAGAAAAGUGAUGGUGGAAUCAUGGGCCCAGCGGCUGAAGAACAUCUGGAAAGAAGAGCCUAUCCACUGCACACCACCUUGGUACUUCCAAGAGUAACAUUUUGUGCUCGAGUACAGCUAACAAGCAGCACAGUGAGAGACCUAAAGCAUGAGCAAAGAGAGGUGGUGCUGUGUCCAGAGAUGUAGUCACCAGUGCCCACUAAUGAGUGUCCUCAGUUACAUGCAAUUAGAUCAGACAUUUCAGUAAUCAGCCUGCUGCACUGUAUUCAUUCUGCCUGCUCAUUAUUCACUCAUUCUUCAUUUCUUUAAUAUUUCCCUAAAAUCUCUCAUUCUCAACCUUCAUAUAUAGUUUUCUAAACAUGGAGGUAGAUUUGUUUGUUGUUUCAUUUUGUUUAACUUGACUGUUUCCCACACACACACAAGAAAGAUGAACCCAUUUAUAGCUAAUGUUUUAGUGCUAAAUUUUUAAAAUUUUU